AUGGUGUAGAAAGUUAACAACGCCCACCUUUGGCAGCCACAAACAAGAAGAUGGCGGAAGAAGAAGAAGUAGAAGCAGUGCAAUCAGUAUAUGGCGAUGAUUGUUUAGUCCUACAUACAUAUCCACCUUCUUUUCAUCUUCAUAUCACACCACGUACUGCCGAUGAUUCUUCUCAACAGUUUGUGGAAGCAAUCAUAGGGAUUCAGGCUGGUCCAAAGUAUCCUGACGAGCCUCCUGCUAUUAGAAUUGUUGAUUCCAAGGGCCUUGAUGAGCAAAGACAAAAACAAUUGAUAAGUUGUAUUUCAGAAAGGGCUUUCUCCUCAUGUUUUUGCUCACCAAUCCAUUGUGCUGAAGCAGUGGAGCGGCUUUCUGGUAUGAAUCACCCUGAUGGAGAGUGUCCUUUGUGCUUGUAUCCAUUAGUUGAUGAAGAUGCAGGAAGCUCUGCGCCAUUUAUGAAACUGAUGUCUUGUUAUCAUUGCUUUCAUUGUGAGUGCAUCAUCGGGUGGUGGAAUUGGCUUGAACGACUAAAAGAAUCUGAUGCCCCUACAGCAUCUGGUUCUGCUUCAUCUUCCGGAAAUAUCAGGGAUCAGGAUGAAGAAGGUAGGAGGAAGUGCCCGGUUUGUCGCAAGUCUUUUCUUGCGAAGGACAUUGAGCACGUGCUUGACUUUGUGAAGACUCAGAAUGCUGUUACCUCCAGCGGAUCUGAAGUCAACAAGGAGGACAAGCUUCUUUUCUCAGAGUCAGAGAAAUUAAGGAGAGAGAAAUUUGAUGCAAUACUGAAACUCCAGCAAGAGAAGGGUGGCUUAAUUGAAAUAAAAAAGCAUGAAGUGUUGCGGCCAGGUAUUUAUCUUCCACAACCUGCUGCAUUACCCUCAACGGCGUCCACUGAAGAGGCAAAAGAGCAGCAAGACGAAGAUCUGGCAACCAACUCCAGAACAAAUUCUAGUGGUUCCUCAAAUAAACCUGGUGCUAGUAGAGCAAGGAACUCCGGCACAAAGAAACACCAGGGGCACAGUUCAAGAAAACAAGUCACUCACAGUUCCAGAAAACAAGUCACUCAGUGGGUGAAGAAAGAAAAUAGUAAUACAUCAUGACAUGAAAACAUUUUUUUAAAAAGAAAACUGAAAGGUAAGAAACUACCGUCUCUUGUCAUUAUUUAUCCAUUUGCUUAGAUGAUAAAUAUAUCAAUGUCAAGCAGGGUUAAGUAGUGGCAUAGGUUGAGAAAUCAAGGAAGUUGGCAAAUAGAUGCCAUCUACUGUUUGUUGUGCAGAGAGUAUCGUGAUUAGAAGUAAUAGAUUUCUCAUUUGUAAGAUUUCUGUACGUUCUUCGAUAUCUUUCUCCAAGAUAAAAUGUGUUGAAUACUUUUCGAGAACAA